UCCGGCAUCAGAAAGUGUGAGGAAGUUCUCAGGUCUGCAGCUUGGUUCUGUUCUGGUUCUGGAUCUGGAUCUGGAUCAUGCUGCUGCUCCGGGUUGCGCUGCUGCUCGCUCUGCAGGCGUUGGCCUGCGCGGAGGAGGGCGGGGCCUCCGUGGACCAGGUCCUGGAUGAGGCCGGGGCCUCCGUGGACCAGGUCCUGGAUGAGGGCGGGGCCUCAGAGGACCAGGUCCUGGGUGAGGAUCUCAGCCUCCCUGAGUUCAGUGACCUGUGCACCGAAGGCAGCUGUUACCCGAACACAGGAGACCUUCUGAUUGGCCGAGCCCACCAGCUGUCUUCUACGUCCACCUGUGGACUGAACCGCCCCGACCCGUUCUGCAUCGUCAGUCACCUGCAGGAUGAGAAGAAGUGCUUCGUCUGUGACUCUUCAGCGCUUUACGACAAGCUGGCCAACCAGACCACCAGCCAUCGCAUCGAGAACGUGGUCACCACCUUCGCCCCGAACCGACUCAAGACCUGGUGGCAGUCCGAGAACGGUCAGGAGAACGUCACCAUCCAGCUGAACCUGGAGGCGGAGUUUCACUUCACACACCUCAUCAUGACCUUCAAGACGUUUCGCCCGGCGGCCAUGGUGAUCGAGCGGUCGGCGGACUUCGGGAAGACGUGGCAGGUGUAUCGCUACUUUGCCUACGACUGCGAGUCGUCCUACCCUUCGGUCUCUCAGGGUCCCAUGAAGAAGGUUGAUGAUGUCAUCUGCGACUCCCGUUACUCCGACAUUGAGCCGUCCAGCGAAGGAGAGGUUAUCUACAGAGUUCUGGACCCGGCGUUUCGGAUCGACGACCCCUACAGUCCACGAAUCCAGAACCUGCUGAAGAUCACCAACCUGCGGGUGAAGUUCACCAAGCUGCACACGCUGGGAGACAACCUGCUGGACUCCCGGGUGGAGAUCCGGGAGAAGUACUACUACGCCGUCUACGACAUGGUGGUCCGCGGGAACUGCUUCUGCUACGGCCACGCCUCCGAGUGCGCCCCUGUCCGGGGGGGGGGUCAGACCUGGGAGGGCAUGGUUCAUGGUCACUGCAUGUGCAACCACAACACCCAGGGCCUGAACUGUGAACGGUGCCAGGACUUCUACCAGGACCUGCCCUGGAGGCCAGCCGAGGGCCGCAACACCAACGCCUGCAAGAGGUGUAACUGCAACCAGCACUCGGACUCGUGCCACUUCGACAUGGCCGUGUUCAGGGCGUCUGGAAACACCAGCGGAGGAGUCUGUGACGACUGCCAACACCACACGUCUGGACGGAGCUGCCAGCAGUGCCAGCCUUUCUACUUCCAGCACCCCGAGAGAGACGUCCGGGACCCCAACAUCUGCCAGCCCUGCGACUGCGACCCGCUGGGCUCGGUGAACGGAGGGAUCUGCGACGGGCUGACGGACGUCGGUGCCGGGCUGAUCGCGGGUCAGUGCCGCUGCAAAGCUAACGUGGAGGGAGACCGAUGCCAGCGCUGCCGGCCGGCCCACUACGGCCUCGGAGACGGGCCCCAGGGCUGCACAGCGUGCACCUGCAGCCCGCUGGGCACGGCUCUUGGAGGAAACCCCUGCGACUCUGAAACAGGAAGUUGCUUCUGCAAGCGGCUGGUGACGGGACGGGACUGUGACCAGUGUGUGCCUGAACACUGGGGUCUCAGUAACGACGUCGACGGCUGCAGACCAUGUGACUGCGAUCUGGGCGGAGCCAUCGACAACACGUGUGACCAGGUGAGCGGCCAGUGCAGGUGCAGAGGCCACAUGUUCGGCCGGCGCUGUGACCAGGUGGAGUCAGGGUUCUACUUCACGGCUCUGGACCACUACACCUACGAAGCCGAGGACGCCGACUUCGGACCCGGGGUCCAGCUGGUCCAGAGGUCCCACCCUGAGGACCGGGGUCCCACGUGGACUGGCACCGGCCUGGUCAGCGUCCCAGAGGGGGCCUUCCUGGAGUUCUCGGUGGACAACAUCCCUCACUCCAUGGAGUACAGCAUCCUGGUCCGCUACGAGCCUCAGCUGCCAGACCUAUGGGAGGAGGUCCUGAUGACAGUGAUGAGGCCCGGACCCAUCAGAACCGACAGCCGCUGCGUCAACACGGUUCCCGACGAUGACCACCAGAUGACCUCGCUCCACCCCGGCUCACGGUACGUGGUUCUGCCGCGGCCCGUCUGCUUGGAGUCUGGUCUGAACUACACCAUCCGCCUGAGUCUGCUGCUGUACUCCGCCGGCAGCGACAUCCAGUCCCCAUACACCCUGGUGGACUCGAUCGUGUUGAUGCCUCACUGUAAGAACCUGGACAUCUUCUCGGCAUCGGUGGGAGGGGAAUCGAGCGGGAGCCGCGCCUGGGAAACGUUCCAGCGGUACAGGUGCAUGGAGAACAGCCAGGGGGUGGUGAAAACGCCCAUGACGGAUAUCUGCAGGAACUUCAUCUUCAGCAUCUCUGCCCUGCUGCACCAGGGAGCCAAAGAAUGCCGCUGUGACCCCCAGGGCUCCCUGAGCAGCGUGUGCGACCCCAGCGGGGGCCAGUGUCCCUGCCGGCCCAACGUGGUGGGCAGGACCUGCCACGCUUGUGCUCCGGCCACCUUCCAGUUCGGACCCAGCGGCUGCCGAGCCUGCGCCUGCAGCGCCGCCGGCUCCCAGACCCGGUUCUGCGACCAGCGGACCGGGCAGUGCCCCUGUGUUGCCGGGGCGACGGGUCGCCAGUGUGAACGCUGCCUGCCGGGUCACUGGGGCUUCCCCGGCUGCCGGGCCUGCUCCUGCAACGGCCACGCCGAGGCCUGCGACCCCGACACGGGCCGCUGCCGGGCCUGCAGGGAUCACACGGAGGGACACACCUGCAACAGGUGCGUGGAUGGUUACUAUGGCGACCCCGUGCUGGGGUCAGGUGACCACUGUCGCCCCUGCUUGUGUCCCGACGGCCCAGAGACCCCGCGGCAGUUCGCAGGGAGGUGUUACCGUAGCGACGACUCGCAGCAGGUCGUCUGCGUCUGCAACACGGGACACAAAGGUCCUCAUUGUGAUGAGUGCUCCCCCGGUUACUAUGGAAACCCCUCUGAGGCGGGGGGGCAGUGCACGCCGUGUCAGUGCAACAAUAACCUGGACCUGCUGGACCCGCUGUCCUGCGACGCCCGGACCGGCGAGUGUCAGCGCUGCCUCCACCACACCGAGGGUCCCGCCUGCCAGAGCUGCGCACUGGGUUACUACGGCAACGCCCUGCUGCAGGACUGCAGGAAGUGUGUGUGUGACGAGCUCGGCAGCGAGGUGUCCAGCUGCCCGGCGCCCGGCGACUGUCACUGCGAUCGUGUCAGCGGCCAGUGUCCCUGCCGGAGCAACGUGAUUGGUCAGACCUGCGACCGCUGCGCACCCGACACCUGGAACAUGGCGAGUGGCGACGGCUGCCAGCGCUGCGACUGCGACACCCAACACUCUUACGGGAUGUCCUGCGACCAGGUCGGGGGUCAGUGUUCCUGCCAUCCCGGGUUCGGAGGAAGAACCUGCAGCGAAUGCAGAGAGCUGUUCUGGGGCGACCCGGAGGUCCGGUGUCACGCCUGCGACUGCGACCCCCGGGGCAUCUCCGACCCGCAGUGCCACAAGGCCACCGGUCACUGCGUCUGCGUGGACGGCGUGGCGGGACAGCGCUGUGACGCCUGCGCUCGAGGGUUUUCAGGAAACUUCCCAGACUGCGUCCCGUGUCACCAGUGUUUUGCAGAGUGGGACAACGUCAUCGGUCAGCUGACCAACCAGACGCACCGACUGGUCAACAAGGUCAACGCCUUCAAGGCCAGUGGCGUCGGGGGGCCGUACAAGAAGUCCAUGGACUCCAUAGAGAGAAGUGCUGCUGAAGUCCAGCUGAUCCUGGACCAGAACCCGGCCGCAGAACCGCUGAGCGAGGUCCAGCACCUGCUGCAGCAGGCCAGUGACCUGAUGGGAGCCCUGAGCCAGAGCUUGAACCACACUGAGCAGAAGCUGCUGGAGGUGGAGGGACAGGACACUGCUGCAGAAACCAAACUGGACUCUGUUGCCUCAGAUGCCCAGAAACUGGAGAGAACGAUCCAGGAUCUGCUGGAUCAGGUGGAGUCAAUCAAGAACUCCGACAUCAGAGGAGCCACCGCCAGCGUCACCAAGUACUUCCUGCAGUCCCAGACGGCUGAAGCCCGAGCCAACGCCUCCACCAGCGGGGCUGACAGUCUGGUGGAAAACUCCAGCGGUCUACGGAGGCUGACGGAGGACAAACUGAACCAGACCAGAGCGGAGUUCCUGAGCAGACACUCUGAGCAUGCUCAGAGGUUAGACGACCUGGCAGGAGAGCUGCAGACUCUGGACCUGUCCCAGAUCAGCCAGCAGGUUUGUGGCAGUCCUUCCUCUGGACAGGACUCCUGCUGGUCUUCGUGUGGAGGUCUGGGCUGCUCGGACUCUGAAGGACCAGCCCGGUGUGGAGGACCAGGGUGUGACGGUGCCGUAACCACAGCCAGCGACAUCCUGAAGAAGGCUCAAGAGUCCCAACAAGAAAUCACCAACGCCAUGGAGCAGGUGGAGAAGCUCUCCAAGAUGGUAUCAGAGGCCAAACUGCAGGCGAAUGAAGCCAAACUCAGUGCUCAGAACGUCCUGAUGAAGACGAACAGAACCAAACAGAAGGUGGACCGGAGCAACGAGGAGCUGCGAGACCUCAUCAGACGGAUCAAGGACUUCCUCACACAGGAUGCUGCAGACCUGGAGAGCAUCGAGCUCGUGGCCACUGAAGUCCUGGCCAUGCAGAUGCCGACCACGCCGGCUCAGCUGCAGACUCUGACCAACGAGAUCCGGCAGAAGGUGCAGGAGCUGGGACACGUGGAGACCAUCCUGCAGCAGAGUGCUGACAACAUCCAGCAAGCUGAGAACCUGCUGGACCAGGCCCAGCGAGCCCGGGAGGAAGUGGCUGAUGUGAAGGACUCUGCAGAGAAAGUGAAGAAGGCUCUGGAAGAAGCUCAGAAAAUCCAGACAUCUGCCACGAGCUCCAUCCAGCAGGCCACGGCCGACAUCCAGAACACCAACAACCUGCUGUCUUCGGUGCAGUCGGAGACAACGGACUCGGAGCUGAAGUUCAGAAAUGCAACGGAGAGAUUGCAGAGGAUCGAGCACGACGUUCUGCUGCUCAGAAACAAAGCUGUGAACGUCAGUGCGAGCACUAAAGUGCUCAGUGCAGAUGCAGAAAGCAUCAGAAACAUGACGGAGGACAUCAACCGGGAGCUGGAGUCAGAUGUGAAGCAGAAGUACAGUAAUGUGGAGCAGCUGAUUGGACAGAAGGCAGGGGGCGUGGCUGACGCUAAGAAGAGGGCGGAGUCGCUGCAGAAGGAAGCCAAACAGCUGCUGCUGCAGGCCAAUGAGAAGCUGCACCUGCUCAAAGACCUAGAGAAAUCCUAUGAAGACAACCAGCGGAGUCUGGAGGUGAAGGCGGAGCAGCUGGUGCAGCUGGAGGCCUCGGUCAAGGAGCUGCUGAAGGACAUCAGCCACAAGGUCACCAUCUACAGCACCUGCCUGUUCUAGUCCCAUCUACAGCACCUGCCUGUUCUAGUCCCAUCUACACCUGUCUGUUCUAGUCCCAUCUACACCUGUCUGUUCUAGUCCCAUCUACACCUGUCUGUUCUAGUCCCAUCUACACCUGCCUGUUCUAGUCCCAUCUACAGCACCUGCCUGUUCUAGUCCCAUCUACAGCACCUGCCUGUUCUAGUCCCAUCUACACCUGUCUGUUCUAGUCCCAUCUACACCUGCCUGUUCUAGUCCCAUCUACACCUGUCUGUUCUAGUCCCAUCUACACCUGCCUGUUCUAGUCCCAUCUACAGCACCUGCCUGUUCUAGUCCCAUCUACACCUGCCUGUUCUAGUCCCAUCUACACCUGCCUGUUCUAGUCCCAUCUACAGCACCUGCCUGUUCUAGUCCCAUCUACACCUGCCUGUUCUAGUCCCAUCUACACCUGAGGUCCCAUCUACACCUGCCUGUUCUAGUCCCAUCUACAGCACCUGCCUGUUCUAGUCCCAUCUACACCUGCCUGUUCUAGUCCCAUCUACACCUGCCUGUUCUAGUCCCAUCUACAGCACCUGCCUGUUCUAGUCCCAUCUACAGCACCUGCCUGUUCUAGUCCCAUCUACACCUGUCUGUUCUAGUCCCAUCUACACCUGUCUGUUCUAGUCCCAUCUACACCUGUCUGUUCUAGUCCCAUCUACACCUGUCUGUUCUAGGUCACAGUGGCAUCACUGAUGUUCUGUUCUGGUUUGAGACGUUGAAAGACCAAAGACAAUAUUUCAACAAAAGCCUUCCUUGAAUGAAACCAAAUAUUUUAUUGUUAUUCAACUUUGAUGAGAAAAAUAAAAUGUUUUUAUGCAAUCCUCAGUUUGCUCAAUCUUUUACAUUUUUAAUGAACCUCUUGAAUUUAUGGAUGUUUUCGAGUACAGAAACAUUCUGAUCCUUUAAACCUUAACCCAUCGAAAACAAUAUGGAGCAUGAUAAAUCUAAAAACAUAUCUCUAUUUAACUGAAAUCUUUCUUUUUCAAAAUGUUUUUUGUAAUGGGAGAACUGACUAAAGUCUUGUAGAAAUUCUUCUAAAAUGAAUGUUAAAACCAUGUGACUGCAUCUAAUUUCACUCAGUUUUGUAUUUCUUUUUUUUUUAUACUGAUCUAUAUCCAGAAUGUUUUAUUGUUUUUAAUAAAACAAUUUCCUAAAUUAAAA